CCGGGCUCUGCCGGGCAGUAGUGGACAGUUGAACACUCCUGGGCUCGCGGGGAGCAGGGCUCUGAGGUCAGCGGGAAGCUGGGAUCCAGAAUCCAGAGCUGGGACUGAGGUGGAGGGAGGAGGUGCCCCGAAGGGCGAUGACAUCACCAGCAGCCCUUGAAAGAUGAGCUCUCCCCACUGCCACAGCAGCCCGGCUUCUGGGAGGGGAGGGACGGGUGCAGGAGGCUGGCAGCCAUCGGGCCAAGGGACCUGCAGAGACACCAGCUCGGCUCACUCCAGACAAGGUGGAACUCCAUUCACACCCACUCUGCGUCCCAAUGUUCUCUUCAUGGAGACGACCCAUGCUCCUGUCUGUGCAUGAGGACCCUGCACCCACCAUGGCCUCUUUGGGAAUCGAAAUGUUCAACCUCACCUCGAAAGUCCUUGUGCCUGCUCUCAACGGGACCCUCUCUGAGAACGGCGACUGCCCGGACUCCGAGUGGUGGAGCUGGCUCAACACCACCCAGGCCCCCUUCCUGUGGAUCCUGUUCCUGCUGGCCGCGCUGGAGAACGUCUUCGUCCUCAGCGUGUUCUGCCUGCACAAGAGCAGCUGCACGGUGGCUGAGAUCUACCUGGGCAACCUGGCUGCGGCCGACCUCAUCCUGGCCUGCGGGCUGCCCUUCUGGGCCAUCACCAUCGCCAACAACUUCGACUGGCUCUUCGGGGAGGCGCUGUGCCGCGUGGUGAACACCAUGAUCUACAUGAACCUGUACAGCAGCAUCUGCUUCCUGAUGCUGGUCAGCAUUGACCGCUACUUGGCCCUGGUGAAGACCAUGUCCAUGGGCCGGAUGCGCGGCGUGCGCUGGGCCAAGGUCUACAGCCUGGUGAUCUGGGGCUGCACCCUGCUCCUGAGCUCACCCAUGCUGGUGUUCCGCACCAUGCGGGAUUACAGCGACGAGGGCUUCAACGUCACGGCCUGCGUCAUCGUCUACCCUUCCCGCACCUGGGAGGUGUUCACCAACGUCCUGCUGAACCUGGUGGGCUUCCUGCUGCCCCUGGCCGUCAUCACCUUCUGCACCGUGCAGAUCCUGCAGGUGCUGAGGAACAACGAGAUGCAGAAGUUCAAGGAGAUGCAGACGGAGAGGAAGGCCACCGUGCUGGUCCUGGCCGUGCUGCUGCUCUUUGUCCUGUGCUGGCUGCCCUUCCAGAUCAGCACCUUCCUGGACACGCUGCUGCGCCUCGGCGUGCUCUCGGGCUGCUGGGACGAACACGCCGUGGACGCCAUCACUCAGAUCAGCUCCUACGUGGCCUACAGCAACAGCUGCCUCAACCCACUGGUGUACGUGAUUGUGGGCAAGCGCUUCCGGAAGAAGUCCCGGGAGGUGUUCCAGGGAGUGUGCCGGAAAGGAGGCUGCGUGACGGAACCCAUGCCCACUGAGAACUCCCUGGGCACGCUGCGGACCUCCAUCUCCGUGGAACGCCAGAUUCACAAACUGCAAGACUGGGCAGGGAGCAGAGUGAAUUGAAGCCACCGAGCCGGCUACUGUGAAGGUGUGGGAGGCACUGGCUGACCAGACUCCUCAGCUGGGACCCGGGACCCAGCACCCAGCACCCAGCACAAAGCAUCUUAUGUGUCUCCAGGGAAACAGGAGAGUGACUCCCUCUCUGCCUGUGCUCUGAGAAGGGCGUGUUCUGGAGUACAGAUGAAGAUUCCAGAAAUGGACCAGGGUGAUGGGCUGGCACGUCAGAGCCUGCCUGCUCUUUCCCAGGAGUGGAGGGGUUCUGGGAUGGGGACAAACAGGAGGAACCAAGUUUCUUUCCCAUGUGGGGAUUCUCCUGGCCCUGGCCUAGUGGCUCGGCUCUCCAGGAAAACUGCCACCACUGGUCCCCAUGGCUGAGCCUACAAGGAGCCUGGCUGGGUUACUGCCCUGGACGUAUUUCCCAGGGCAGCGAUUGUUUGAGAUCGUAUCAAAGGGUCUGAUAAGGUUCCAAAGACCAGGACCUUCAGCUCCUCUCAAAAUAGGUGCCCUGGGCAAAAGACGAACUCAGUGGCACUUACGGAGCCCUGGGCACCGACACACCACUGGAACUCUGUGGGCAAGAGGGAGGAAAGAGACAAUACUGCCAGUCUCUGUCUUAAAGGAACCCAACCCCCCCCAAGCAUGUGCAUUCCCCAGAACGCUGCUGCUGAUGUGGCCAAGGGAGGCACUGUGGGCAGAGCAGCGAGCUCUGGCUCAGCCCCCAACCAGAUGCACAAUGGCCUGGUCCCUGCCUCAGCUACCCCCUCUGUAACACGCGGGCACCAGGAACUAUGGUGCAAGGUGCUAUGUGUGCAUGUGAGGCCUCACUGCACACACCACUUGGGGGUGCGCUUAUUAUCAGGGAAAGACAUUGAGGUCCAGAAUCUGCCAGCAGGUAUCUAAGACUGCUCACUGCCCCCCACCCCACUUUCCUUCUCCACACUUGAUCUCUCUCAUGUGCACUGAAUGGGACGGGAGGGUGGGGUGCAUCUGUAGCAUUUGCUUUAUGUCGAAGCAAGGAGAGAGCUCUCUCACAGGACUUGUGCAGGCCAUCCCUGGCCUGGGCCUGGUCACCAGUUGGUAAGCUGUUCAAUGGAGUCCAGACUGCUUCACAGUGGUCCCUGGCUCAGUGGCCAAGGAACACUAGAAAAUGGUUUCUUGGGGGAUAACCCAGGAAGCGAUGGAGGCCACCCACGGGCAACUGACCAAUGAAAGAACUUGCAGGUUGCUUACUGCAGAGCAUUACUUCCAGGUCCAGCCUCUCUACACAGACACAGACCUCAUUGGUGAGACCAGCAUCCAUGACCUUGAGGUAUCCUGGACAACAUGUUGAACAGCCACAGAUAGGAGGACACUCCCCUCAAAUGGCUUCUGGGCCAGUGGGGUCUCCGUUAGGACCCAAUGCAGAGAGCGGGCAGGGGAGAUCUGCCUCAGUUCAGCUCAGGUGUCCACAGAGGCAGCUGGCCCAGCAGCCCUGCCCCGGGAUCCUGUCCCCAGGCUCCACAGCCUCUAUGGGAGUUUAUUUUCCUACAUGUCCAUGUCAGUUACUUUUCUCACUGCUGUGACAAAACACCAGACAGAAGCAACGUAAGGGAAGAAAAAGUUUGUUUUGCUCAUGGCUUCAGGAGAGUUUCAGUCCGCCGUGGCAGGGAAGGUUUGGUGGCUAAAGCAGUUAACACCGAAGGGAACCAGGAAGCAGAAAGGGAAGCCGUGUGCAAGGCCAGGUGUCUUCUUCACAGGCCCACCCAGGUGACCUAGGACCACCAGCCGGUCUCCACCUCCUACGGCCCCCCAGCCCCCCAAGCAGUCACCAGCCUGAGAACAGAGCUCCAAAUGUGAGCCUGAGGGGGACAUUUCAGAUGGAAAACCUAACAGUGUCCUCACAAACUGCCCCCUUGUGGCUGGCACUAUGCCAAGCCCCUGUGGAGAUUCAAGACACAACUCCUGGGCUACAGCAGCAGGCCACUUAGGACCAAGGCCACGCAGUCGCCAGGAGCAGAGGAGAAGCGGAGCGGGCAUUGGUAGCUAGCAGGACUUUCUGGUCAGGCUGCACCUGGGGAGAACUUGGAUGACAACAAGACCAUGAAUCUUGCCAGGUGUGGUGACACACGCCUUUAAUCCCGGCACUUGGGAGGCAGAGGUAGGAGGAGCACUAUGAGUUCUAGUCCACCCGGAGACUACAUAGUGCAUUCAGCCUGAGUUAG